UUACAGUCUCUGUUGCAGAGUCAUUCAGGUGGAACGAAGUUUGUGCUCUCCCGCCUCUUCGCACAGAUGAGUGAUAUAAGGAAGUGGUUCAUGAAAUCACAUGACAAAGGCAACAAUGCCAGUGACUCCAAAUCUUCCAAUCAGUCCAAACUUUCUUCGGAUAAACCUCAGACGGAGAAAACCGUUCCUGGAGUUCAAGAAAGUUCAGGGAGGAGGAUAACUAGCAAAUAUUUUAAUACAAAUAAGCAAAAGCCAAAAGAUGAUAAAGAAACAAAGGAGCUCCCCGCUAAAAGAAAGAAUAUGAAGGACAACGAGGGUACAACAGAGCCCCUUAUUUCAAAGAAAACUCAUGAUGCUGAUGAAGAUGAUGGAGAUGACUCUGUCUUGCCCACCAAUAAAAAGAAGUUAGCUGAUGUCACACCAACGAAAAAAUUGAAGAGUGGAUCAGGUAGGGGGAUUCCCCGGAAAUCUGCAGAUUUGGAAGAAAGUGAUGAGGAUAAUGACAAAGAUGCUGUGUCUGCUGUUAAAUCUGGUGGAAGGGGUCGAGGUGGAAGAGGAGCAUCAGCUCAAUCAACUGGUGGAAGAGGUAGAGGGGGUGGCAGGGGUGGAUUCAUGAAUUUUGGAGAAAGAAAAGAUCCUCCACACAAAGGAGAAAAGGAAGUCCCUGAAGGCGCUCCUGACUGCUUAAGUGGCUUGACUUUUGUGAUCAGUGGAACACUGGACAGUUUGGAAAGAGAAGAAGCAGAAGAUUUGAUUAAACGCCAUGGUGGCCGUGUCACUGGAUCAGUCAGCAAGAAAACGAAUUACCUGUUGUGUGAUGAAGAUAUUGGGGGACGUAAGUCUGCAAAAGCCAAAGAGAUAGGAACUUCCUUUCUCACAGAGGAUGGGUUAUUUGAUAUGAUUCGUGCAUCAAAAUCUGCAAAAGCUCCUUCACAAGACAAGAAACCUGUGAAUAAGGCUGUUGCAUUAGCAUCCCAGUCAAAAGUUUCUCCAAAAUCAGAAGCUAAGGUCCCUCUAUCUUCAAACUCGCCUGCUAAACAAGCCAAGCCAAAGACUGCAAAUGCUAUUCAGUCUUCUGUGAUGUGGACAGAGAAGCAUCGACCUACUAAUCCGAAGGAUAUCAUAGGGAAUCAGUCACUUGUUUCACAGCUUCGUAAUUGGUUGAAAACUUGGCAUGAGCAAUUUUUGGACAGUGGUAACAAAAAACAGGGAAAAAAGCCAAAUGACUCUGGUUCCAAAAAAGCUGUCUUGUUAAGUGGAACUCCUGGUAUAGGAAAAACAACUUCAGCUAAGUUGGUCUGUCAGGAGCUUGGUUUCCAAGCCAUAGAGGUAAAUGCUAGUGAUAGCCGUGGAAAAGCUGAUAGCAAAAUUGCGAAAGGUGUUGGUGGGAGCAAUGCUAAUUCUAUCAAGGAACUUGUAACCAAUGAGGCCAUUGGUGCUAAUAUGGAUCGGUCAAAGCAUUCCAAAUCUGUGCUCAUUAUGGAUGAGGUUGAUGGGAUGUCAGCUGGUGAUAGGGGUGGUGUUGCUGAUCUUAUUGCUAGCAUCAAGAUAUCAAAAAUUCCUAUUAUCUGUAUUUGCAAUGACCGUUACAGCCAAAAAUUGAAAAGUCUUGUGAACUACUGCUUACUUCUAAGUUUUCGGAAGCCUACAAAGCAACAGAUGGCAAAGAAGUUGAUGGAUGUUGCAAAGACUGAAGGGCUUCAAGUUAAUGAGAUUGCUCUUGAGGAACUAGCAGAAAGAGUUAAUGGAGAUAUGCGCAUGGCUCUAAACCAGUUACACUAUAUGAGCCUCUCCAUGUCAGUUAUCGCCUAUGAUGAUAUUAGGCAGCGUUUUCUUACCAAUGCGAAAGAUGAAGACGUUUCACCAUUCACUGCUGUUGAUAAGCUUUUUGGUUUUAAUGCUGGGAAGUUGAAAAUGGACGAGAGGAUAAAUCUUAGCAUGAGUGAUCCUGAUCUUGUUCCUCUUAUUAUCCAGGAAAAUUAUAUUAAUUAUAAACCAAGCUUGGCUGGUAAGGAUGACGGUGGUAUAAAACGCAUGAACCUUAUUGCCCGUGCCGCUGAGUCUAUUGCUGAUGGGGAUAUAGUGAACGUACAGAUUCGCAGAUAUCGACAGUGGCAACUCUCUCAAACUAGUUCUGUUGCUUCAUGUAUAAUUCCUGCUUCAUUGUUGCAUGGGCAGAGAGAAACACUUGAACAGGGAGAACGAAACUUUAACAGAUUUGGUGGGUGGCUAGGGAAGAACUCAACAAUGGGCAAAAACAAGAGGCUUUUGGACGAUCUGCAUGUUCACAUUCUUGCUUCUCGUGAAUCUAGUUCAGGAAGGGAUACCAUUCGCCUGGAAUACCUUACUCUUCUUCUGAAACAAUUGAUAGAACCACUGCGAGUCUUGCCAAAGGCUGAAGCUGUUCAGAAAGUUGUGGACUUCAUGAAUACAUACUCUAUCAAUCAGGAAGAUUUUGAUACUAUAGUAGAGUUAUCAAAAUUCAAGGGUCAUCCUAAUCCACUAGAUGGCAUACAACCUGCGAUUAAGUCUGCCUUGACAAAAGCAUACAAAGAGCAAAGCAAAUCUGGGAAAGUUCGAGCUGCAGAUCUAGUCACUCUUCCUGGAGUAAAGAAGGUCCCUAAGAAGCGGAUUGCAGCUAUUCUUGAACCAGCUGAAGGAGUGGAACAAGGUGAAGGCGAGGCCUUGUACGAGAGUGAAGAAGAAAACACCUCUGAUACAGAAGAGUUGGACACCACCACUGGCGAGAAGCUGCAGUCAGAACUUCAAAGUUUGAAUUCAAAGGCCAUGCAAGUACAGUUGGAAUUGAAGGGAACGGGAAAUUCAAGUUCCAAGAAGACAUCCGGUGGUAGAGGUAAAGGUGCUUCUGCAUCUGGGCAGAAGGCUACUCAAACUUCAAAGGCUACUUCUAAAAGAAAAAGGUGAAGAAAUAUUUAAAAAUGUGCCUUUUUCGGGAGUCCGCUACUCGGAAGAAAUGUAUAGAACCGUGCUUCAUGGAAUUGAUGUUUAGGGCGUAAUGAAUUUUAGAAUUGACUUCUAGUAAAUUUUCCAAGGAGGAUUCCAUGAAACAUGGAUUACGUGGUGGCCCUGAUUUUUUGAAUGUAGAUGAUGUCUUUGUUGGUGCUUUGCAUGAUACAUUAUGAAGAAUUCUUGGAUUGAGUUAAUGUUUUAUUCCCUGAUAUUCUGCAAGGACAUGAAUAGCGAUAUCAUGUUGCCUGGAUGAGCGAUGUUUCAUUCCGAAAAAGAUAAUAUUGGAUGAAUUAAUAGCAAAUUACUGUAAGAUUUCAUGAUUUCUGCCUCUUACAAAUACUUGAUGAGAGAAUUGAGGGAAUUAUCAUAUAUUCAUGAUUUGAUCUGUUAUAUU